AUGUUAUGCCCUCACUCCUUCUCAUUUGAUCAACGGAAGGUCGAUCUCAACGAUUCUAAGCAGUCAACAUUACGAUGUAAUAAGUACAAAUCAAACCCUCACAAGAAGAUCGCGCCAUCACCGACGUUUACUACAACAAUUUCGUCAAAGAUCGAAACGAGAUUACCUUUUGAGUUGAAUAAUAAAGUGAAGUCCAGACACGAUAGGAGACAUCGUUAUACUCAAGAACGAUUCAACUUCAAGGAAUUUAUGGAAAUUAGCCAAGAUCGAAGAAUUACUAUCUGGAAGAGAUGGAACAAUAAGAUCUGCUGUUGUGAAAGUGGCUAACGACACAAGAAACCCCGUUUUGUUAAAGAGAGUCAUACAACAACUUAUUCCCAUCGAAGUGCGAUCCGACGAAGCAACAAUAGUGGACGAAGGUGAAGAAGAAAAGAACGAGACUACGACUGGCAAUGAAGAGAAACUGAAUCAUCGACCACGUCGAACAACUGCCAUCGCAGGAGAAGAAAGAAGGAGAUCUUCAAAUAUGAAGUAACUUUAAUAUGUGACUCUUAACAUUUUAUAUUUCUGUUUAUUAUCGAAUUGCACUACAAGAGAAAGUAUAGGGAUAUAGGAACUGAAACAGUUAUGUGAACUUUGAUCACCAAAGGUGAUCAACCUCGAGCAGUGCAAUAAAUGUUUAAUAUAUUAAUAUACUAACCGGAAAUAUUAACAUAUUUGUUGACAUUUUAUAGCUUGCGCUACUAACCACACCUUAAACUUGACAUGUAAUAUAAGUUGUUCUUCGUAAUAUAUAUUUAUAGACUACAAAAUGGUGUCGAAGUCGAAUGUUUAUUACAGGAUGGAUCACUAUCCACUAUGGAACUUGUUCCAGAACAAAUUUAUAUCUUUGGAUUUGAGUCAUUAGAUAAAGAAAACGUGUUAAUAAAAGUGCAAGGGGUAGUUAACACAUGCCAAACAAUGAACUGCCCAGCUAUGCAUGUUUGUCGGAACAUGCCUAACAUAAAAGGGCCUUUGAUAUUAAUGACUGUGUAUUAUAUUAUCACACUCUGGCUUAUCCCUAAACAGGCCUAAUGGAAUAUUUAAUAGGCUCCAACCACCACACACACUACUUCACUCCAUCUCACAGCACUUCAUGUCAGGUCAAUUAAUUUGCUUACAUGUAAACUGGCUUCGCAUCACUUCACUUUACACCAUAUCUCACGCCACCAAUUAUCACCCCUUCCCAUUUCAGCGCGUUUUACUCUGCCUCACUUCUCACACGUCCACUUCACAGGACAGCUCAUUCACACCACUUAAUUUAACGUCAAUUCACUUUACUUUACCUCAGUCUUCUAUCACGACCCUCGUUCUCGUUCUUUUACAUAUUGACUAAGACUUAGGGAAAUAUAUUGUUUUCCAAAAGUCCCAGUCAAUAAGUAUUUAGUGAUAUACUGUAGCUAAGUGUGUCAUUGAAAACAAAAAAAAAGAAACAAGAAAGCCUCAUAAUUUUUCUCAUUACCUGAACGUUUUUAUUUUUCACUGGUCACUGACAGUAUCUUCCACAAAUCAGACUUUUUGUCCAAUUAGAGGCAAUAAUACAUGAACUUUGACACUUGGCAUAUACUGUAAUAAUAUAAGUUUACUUGUUGCGUAAUGUAGCAUCGCGAAAAGCGUGGAAAGCAGGUAUGGAAUUGACUAAGAAACUGAAUAACUAAAGAUAUUGCUUCUUCCUGUUUCAUUGUGUAGAAAAUUAUAAAUUUAUUGGAGGAGAAACGCUUGGUUGGCGGGACGUUUCCGUUCAAAGAAGAGUCUGACGGGGUGAGAUAUUUAAAAGAAAAGUUAUACUUUUAA